AUGUUGUCCCGACGUAUUGCUCGAGCCGUGGUCGCUGCACCGCGAUCUAUGCGGGUGUUCAGCUCUACUGCUGUCCAGCAGCGCGCUCCUGCGCUGGCCGACAUCACCCCCAACCAAGUCGAGGAGUUCAAUGCCAAGCAGAAGGAGUUUCGUGAGCACCUGGUGAAGAUGCAACAAGAGCGAGAAGAGAGACGCAAAGUCGAGGCCGCUCAGAAGGCAUCCAAGAAAGACCCGGAUCGACCUGAGGGCUUGCUGAACAACCUCAUCUACGGCACCAAGGAGGGACGCGAGUUGGAUGCACAGCUAGAAGCCAGUUUCUCAGCGGUUUUGGCCCGCGGGAAGUAUGUCCACUCAAUUGUCUUCCACGAAGUCCACCCAGACAAGGUGGAUGAGUACGUCGAGCUGGUGGGCAAGUGGUACCCACGUAUGGCGUCCAUGGAGGAGAAUAAAGUUCACCUCGUCGGAAGCUGGCGGACUGAAGUGGGCGAUUGCGAUACAUUCGUCCACAUCUGGGAGUACCAACGCUACCAUGGCUACCACCAAUCCUUGCAUUCCAUCUCCCAACAUCCCGACUUCCCCGAAUUUGACCGUAGACUUAAGAAGCUCAUAAAAUCGAAAAACACUUCCAUCAUGCAGGAAUUUUCCUUCUGGCCGACUACGCCGCCGCGUCAGCUGGGUGGUGUCUUCGAGCUGCGAUCGUACACGCUCCACCCCGGCAACCUACUCGAGUGGGAGACGCACUGGCGUAGAGGUCUCAAGGCGCGUCGAGAGGUGAUGGAGGGCGUCGGGGCGUGGUUUGUCCAGAUCGGGGACUUGAACACUGUUCACCACCUGUGGCAGUUUGCGAAUCUGGAGGAGCGAAAGGUGCGCCGUGAACAAAGCUGGAGCAUAGAAGGCUGGGCCGAAACGGUGCACAAGACGGUUCCCUUAAUCCAGACAAUGAAGUCGCGAAUUUUGGUGCCGAUGCCCUGGUCCCCCACGGCAUAA